CAGCUGUUCGAUCACCAGCGUGAGAGUCAAAAGGUAUUUUCCACACUCAGGGUUAGAAUCCAUCUUCGUGUACACAAGCAUUCAAGUAAUUCAAGAUGGAUGCAUGACAGCCGUAAAACAUGGGCAGCUUCCAGAGGUAGGUGGAGUCACACACUGCCCAUUUAAUCUUGGAUCAUCUGUGAGAAUGGCUGGUUGAUGAAUCACUGCCAACACAGAGUGGAACACAGCAUUGGUUCUGGCCCCUCUAGCCUACACUCACAUAAAGUUCAUGUUUUAAAUUAGACACAGGAGGAGAGCUUUCUGAACCACCAGCAACAUGGCUGAGGAACGAGUGUAUUCAGACUCUAGCAACCUUGCUUUUGGUAUUAAUCCCACUGCUGGAGAUGAAGGGGAGGCUUCUCCACUUGACCCAUUAACAAUAUUAACUCUCCUGGAAAAAGUGGCUGGGAUUGUUGACAGCGUUAAUGAAACUCAGCGGAAAAUGGAGCAACAACAACUGGAAAUAGAAAACACUGUUAAAGAGAUACAAAUUGAUGUUGCAAAGCUUAAUAAGGCUCACCUGACCACAGACACGACAGUCUCAAAGUUACUGGUGAAAACCCAGAAGAUCAACGCUAAUGUUAAAGAUGUGAGACAACGACUGGAUAAAACAAACGCUCAGGUCAAAAAGGUUGAAGGAAACCAUCGUGAGCUGCUCAAAAGGAAUAAAUUUCGAGUGGUCAUUUUCCAGGAAGAAAAUCAAAUGCCCUCCUCAGUAGUCUAUAAAAACCUGCCUCAUGAAGGGAAUGUGGCAGCAGCAGAAGGAGAACACACAGCAACUGCAGCCACACCACCACCAGACCUCUCUUCCGAUGAAGAAUUUGUUUAUGAUGAAGAAAGUACAAGUGCGCGCCUCAGAAAAUCAGGCAUGAAGCGGGUGGAUAGUAUAAAGAAAGCUUUUUCAAGGGAAAACAUGCAGAAAACCAAACAAAACUUGGGGAAGCAGAUGAAUCGGCUCAGUAACACAAUAGUCCCUCCCGAACGGAGAGAGAAGAUCAGGAUUUCAGGAGAGAGAAUCAAAAAGUCCAUCGUUGAUUCAAAACCAUUUCAUAUGAACAUAAAAAAGAAGAAUGAAAGAAGUGGGGCUGAAGGACAAGAGGUUGCUGUCAAAGGUGUAGGUGAGAGUUCCAAGGGCGAGGUGACAGGUACAGAAGCAGCAAAGGAAGUGGACACACCAGGAGCUGCUGAAGUAGAUGAAGAUAGUCUCCCAGCAAUGGUUACAAAUGUUGCCAAUACAGAACCAGUUGUAGUAACAAAGGAAAGAAAAGGUGAUGAGGCAGUACCUACAGUGGCAGAGGUGAAGCAGAGUCCUGAGUUCAGCUAAAGAAAGACUUAAAGCUGCGUUACUUAAUAGCCACAGAAAGAGCUAGUAUCAAAAUUAUGAUGUCAAUACAUCUACAAAAUGUUCCUGCAUAUCAAAUCAGACUCAUUCAAUGAUUCAGAUUUUUAAAAAAAAUUUGGCCAUAUUUUUGAUGAAGCGUCACAUUUGUGUCCAAAGUGCCAGUCCUUUCACAUACACACACCCUGCAGCAAGCUGGACUGGACCUCAGAUGACCGUGGAUCAGUCUUCUGUACUUCUUGUCCCCCUGAUAUUUGUGGAAGUGUGACCAGAAGAAUUGUGAAGAUUGGCAGGAGGUUUAUUAUUGAAAAAAAAUAACUAAAACAUGGGAAGGUUUUUGUUUUUAAGAAUAGACCUUAGGAGAAGGACAGCAUUAUUCAAUUUUGUAUUUGAAUCUUGAAGUUUAUAUUGUUUUGAAUUGGGCUGUUAAGUAGUACAGUUUUAAUUCUUGUCAAUCCCUCAGCUCUCCUCACAUAGUGUUAUCAGUAUUUCUUUAUGUCACGUCAGGUAGCUUUAGAGGAUGUUGAAAAAAAAUCUUAUUUCGUUGUUGUCACCAAUUGAAACAUUGAGUAGUUGUUACUCAGGCCUCAGAAUAGGUGAAAUAAACAGUUGCUGUAUAUUGGGCAAAUGAUAGUUAAAAAUGUGGCAUUAGACAAAAGCAUUGUUCUCUAAAAAUCCAUGGACAUUUACCAUAUUCCAUCCCACAGGGAAAUUGUUAUAUCCUCUGUAAUCACAUUGCUGAGAGGUUUAGAAACAUAUUACUACAAUUUAGAUAUUUUUCAAAACUCUAUUGCUGCACAAACAAAAUCAGAACGAUUCAAAUACUUGUUUAUUUAGGCUAUUUUACAAAUUGUCUUUAAUAUAAAUAUUUAGCUAAAAUGAGCAUGUUUUUGAAGUGUGUAACCUGCGUAUUCAUAUUUGUAUCUUUAGUUUUCAAACUGAAAUAGAUGUGUCAUUGUAUAUGUAAAAUAGAGUGAUUUAGUUUAAUAUUCUUUGGUGUACUUUUCAUGUUGUCUUUUCCCAAGUGUUCAUUGUGGUGUGCAUGUGCAAAUACUCAGUGAUGACUGCAAGCACCAGAGCGACAUGUUUAGCUUUGGGGUGUUUCCAGUGUUAUUUGUAGAAAGCAUAAGUCAUGCAGUUGGACAUUCAAGUGAAUAAAGUACUUUUAGUUUGAGCAGACUAAUCUAUUAUACUUCAUGUAUAUUGAUUAAGGGAUUUAGUCCGUAGAAUUGGGAGUCACUUAAGUUUACCCAUUUGCUUAAAAUUCGGCAUAGCUGACAAGUGCCUGAAUUCACUUUUCAACUUUCUUCCAUUUGAACCCCUCUUCCUCUGGAGCUGCUGACUCCUGCUAAAGUAUUGUGCCAUGGGCGCUGGAAGCCCAAUGGUGUUUAGGUUGAGUAUCCAUUCUACACACGUGAGCUUGUGCAUCGAAUGUUGGCAGGCAAUUUGACAGGAGAGAAGGGAAUCACUUAAUCCUGUCCCUGCCCAACUGCCCUGCAAGCAAACCUUCCAGCAGCAGUCAUUGGACAGUGAACAGGAGCAGGAAUCCUGGCCAUUUUCCUUUCCCUAUCUUAGGGAUGCUGAAGUAACUGAUUAAUAAACUAUUGUGCAUUUCAACACUUAUCUUUCUGAAUAACAGGAAAUAUUAAUUUAAAUUUGUCAUAUUUUCUUCCUUCCAACUCUCUUUGUCUGACCUUUUAAGUCUUAUUUUUUAUUGAAGUCUUUAUGCACACGCUACACAUUGGACCCAAGUUAAAUGAUGGACAACUAUUUGCUCCAACUUUGUUCUGUAGUGACCACACGCACUGAUUGUUUCCUAUCCUUGUGGGGAAAUGUCUACUGAAGAGUGCCUGACAGAAACUUCACUGAAUGUGGGCUUCAAGUACAAAACUGCCUCCUCUAUGUGUGAUGACAUUGAUAUCUUAAUAUAAAUAUCACCAAGUUCAAAAAAAAUUAUUAGCCAUGUUGGUACACAAUAGUUUUAAUAUUACAUGUACAAUGGAUUACUUGCAUCAGGCAUAUGUUGCAGGUUGUUCUGAAAUUACUGUGUAUUAACUAAUUGUUCAUAGUUGACCAUCAUGAUAUUAUAAGCAGUAGACAGGCCCCAAAGGAUUAGUGCAAAAAAAUUAUAAGGUAUGCAGAUUGUCUCUUUUUAAAUGAUCUGGUCCAUUUGUAUAUUUGUCAGAAGAACUAGCUGAGAUAAAGAUACAGGAUCAUCACUAAUUUAUGUUUAGUUAGGCCUCAGCUGCUAUUAACAGUUAGAUUGUAGAAGUAAGAUUUGUGAUCUGUAAACCUCAAUGUCGAAGCACUGUGGCUAUAACUUGUCAAUUGUGGCAACAACAUACAGAUUCCUACACUUGGGAGCUGGUUCAAAACCUUGAGAAUGUAGGACACAAUGUAGAAUGUUGCUGGAACAGCAAAAACAAGUGAAAAAGUGGAUAAAAAGCUGAAAACAUGAUGGGAGAAAUAGUAUGAUGUAUAGCGUAUGGGAAUGAAAAAUGGAAAAACAAAGAGGUGAGACCAUCGCAAAAAAGCAAAAAAAAAACUGAUGAAACGUAACAUUUAAUUAUAUGAGAAUUUGAACGGAGAAAGGAAGGAAAGCAGAAUUUUAUUUAAUGUUAGAGAAAUAGAUUUUUAUUUGAGAGAGACCGUACAUGUGGUAUGCAGGUACAGAGAUAUUGAAGCUAGUGUAGUUUGUGUUUCUCUGUAUACAAUUCAUUAUUUUAAACCCAUUCCUUCCCUGAAUCUAAAGACAGAGAAAAGUUUUCAGGGUUGAUGUUAUGCUCAUAGUUUCUCAUGUAUAAUGUUGCAUAUAGAUAUAAUUGGGUUCCCACUGAAUAAAUAUUAAAAAAACACCCUCACAUUUAAUUUGCAUUCUUGCAUAUUAGUUAAGCACUGUUACUUACAUAAACACCAAGAUGGCAAACACUAGGGAAUCUGAGACAGCAGCUUCCAAAGUCCUGCAGCUAUACAUAUGUAUCAAUUUACACGUGUUAGCACCAGCUUUGAAAGUCAUGUUUGCUACAACAAGAAAUGAACUCAGAAGUGGGACAUGGAACAAAAUGUUACAGCAAUCUGUCAUUUUAUGGUAAUCAACAAGAUUUCUCACAGGAGAAUAAUAACUAGACAGAAGCCGAGAAAAAUCCGGUGUGAACCGGAGAUACCUAGUAAAAUUUGACAAAAGCAAAUUUCAAGUGUCAGUAGAGCACAAUACAAUUCUUCCAUCCUAUUCCACCUUUUUAUCGAUCAAUGCUUUAUGAAGUAACAUUGUAUAUGAAAAAUAUUUUAAUGCUCUUCAUGAAUUUUAUUGAUGACAUGAUUGGAAGCAGAAGUUAAUUAGUUCUCUGGAGGAAUACAUUUGACUGCCUUAUUCCCUUCUAAUUCUUGGUGUUUGGUGUUUAUACUUCAUAUUAUUUUUGGUUUUGGAUGCAAUUUCUGUACAUUAACUCAAUAAAGAAAAGAGCCUACAA